CUGGUGGGCUGAGGAUGUUUUUCUCUCCUGCUGUGUGAACGCUUCGCUUCGCCCCUGCUAACAGGAGCUGCACUGCUCAGCCUAAACUGUGAAAAGCCUAAUAAUUACAGAUCAUAUAGCUACACAUUUACCCUUGUGUACGUGCCAAGCGUCCUGGAUCAUUCUGUUAUAUAUGGUAUUUUUGGAGACACCGGAGACUUAUCUAUAUACACUCGCGGGGAAUAUCGGGUCUCUCAUCGUGCAGCACCACUGUGUUGCCUAUGGCUAACAGCUGAUCCCUACUGUAAACAACAGAGGUCCAUACGCUAUCUCCAGAUAUGGUCGUAAACAGAGAAUAAAGGACCAUGGCAACCUGUACAAGAGCUCUAGGCAAACAAUCAAAAGGUAACAUAUGAUGGGUAAAACCUGUUGGAAAACUGCUGGAGCAGCCCUCACUAAGGUUUUCGCAUUUUCCUCUUUCAACAUUCCAACUGUGGCCCUCAGUCUAUAGGUCAGUAUGACAAGUCAUAUUGAACUGUUGACUGAAUUGCAACAGUUGGACAAGGUGCCCAGCCUGGAACGCCUGCGAGCAGCUCAGAAACGGCGUACCCAGCAGCUGAAAAGAUGGGCUGUCUAUGAAAAGGAGAUGCAGAACAGAAAGCGAAAGACUGACAAACGACGUGGAUUUGUAAACCAUGGGAAUGCAGCAGAGAAUCAUAAACGUGUGUCAUUUGCAGCAAAUGUGGCAUUAUUGGAGGCCUCAGCAAGAAAUGACUUGGAGGAAGUGAGAUACCUACUAAAGAACAGUGUUAACCCAGAUCUUUGUAAUGAAGAUGGCCUCACUGCAAUGCACCAGUGUUGUAUAGAUAACUAUGAAGAUAUGGUUCGGCUGCUGUUGAGUCGUGGUGCAAGUGUCAAUGCUCAGGAUAAUGAACUGUGGACACCGCUUCAUGCUGCAGCUACCUGUGGACAUACUGGCCUUGUCAAGAUCCUCAUCCAACAUGGUGCUGACCUUUUAGCAGUCAAUUCUGAUGGUAACAUGCCCUAUGACCUUUGUGAAGAUGAUUCCUCUCUUGACAUCAUUGAGACAGCCAUGGCCAACCGAGGGAUUACACAGGAGAUGAUCAAUGAGACUCGAGCAGCAGUGGAAAGGAGGAUGCUGGGAGAUAUUCAUAAUAUUCUACGUAAUGGAGAAGACAUCAAUCAGCAUGACUCACAGGGAACAUCUUUGCUCCACAUUGCGGCAGCUAAUGGUUAUAUGCAGGCAGCAGAGCUAUUACUGGAAGGAGGAGCCAAGAUGGACCUGAGAGAUUCUGAUGGGUGGCAACCAUUACAUGCUGCAGCCUGCUGGGGACAGAUGUUUGUAGCUGAGCUGUUGGUAUCUCAUGGGGCCAGUCUAAAUGCCAAGACCUACAUGGAGGAGACACCCAUAGACCUUUGUGAAGAUGAAGACUUCAGGAAUUAUCUUCUGGACUUAAAGCACAAGCAUGACAUCAUCCUAAAGUCACAGCUGAAGCACAAGACCUCACUGUGUCGCCGCACAAGCAGUGCAGGAAGCCGUGGAAAAGUGGUGAGGCGGGCUAGCCUGUCAGACAGACACAAAAUGUGCCAGAAAGAAUAUGAGACAGAGGCUAUUGUGUGGCGAGGAGGAAAAGGGGAAGAGGAGGAGAGAGAGAAGGAGUCUGAUCAGGAAAACAGUGAUCCAGAGUCUGUGAAAAAGCACAGAGAACAUGUUUUGAAGGACAAAGAGCAGCAGAAUAACUUUUUCUCCACCGUGACAACAACUACGUCUCCGUCCACGUCCAAUGGUGAUUCUUUGACUAAUGAGGCCUGUUUCAACACUUUUUCACUUUCCCCUGAAGACUCCUGGCCCAAGGAGCGCCCUCAGACACUUUCUGAACUCAAAAAGCAGCGUGCUGCAGCAAAACACCUUAACCAUACCAUUCUCAAUGGUCAUGUUAGCAAUGGUUCCAUGUCAACAACGGAGACUAAGAACAGUUUUGAAGACUCUUGCAUGCCAUGUGUGUCAUCUAAUGGCACCACAGUAUUUUUCACUCUUGCUAGUGGAGACCCCCCUCUCCUCAAACUGAAGCAGCCAGUUGAGGAGGUGGAAACCAAAAGUCAUGGGUGCUGCUGCAUUUCGUAAGUUAAUAGUAGACCAUAUCAUUAGCAAUGUUUAGCAGCUGAUUGUUUGGGUACAGUGAUGGCCGCAAAAAAGAAUAGCAAUAAUCCUGCUCCAACAGGGUUCAAAAUGUGUGUCUGUGAUCAGACCUCAACAGCGUUGCUAGUUUAUUAGGUACUCCUACUUUGCAUCUACACUAGUUGGCCAUUUUUUUAUCAGGAACACCUAAUGUAUAGAUGCACUUUGCAGGUAUGCAAAGUACACAGGUUUGCAGUUAUUGGUGUAUACUAUCUGUUGCUCUGCACAAAUUUCAGCCACACCUCAACUUUUUCACACCUACCUCGUUUGAUUCGAACCAAAAUAGCAAGUGUGAAAGGUGCCAUGAAGGUGCCAAAGUGUCCGACCACAGGACCAAAUUUUGGUCUGACCAAAAGAGGCGCACUCAGUCCAGAUCAAACUGAACCAUGGUUCUUUUCAUUUGCAGUGGCUUUUUUGGAUGGUUCAGACUAUGGACUAAUUACAGGUUGUUGAGGCAAGCUGUCACCACCCAUCGAACAAUAGAAAAGAAAAAGAACCGAUACAGAAGGAGGAAUAUUUAAUUGUAAUGUGGUCCAACAAAAAAGUUAAGUCAACUUAAAAAUAAAAACACAAAUGCCAAAUUGUGUACCUUAUUUCCUUAGAGGAUGAGCGAAUAUUCAUUUUUCUCUGUUCAAAAAGUUAAAGGCUACCCACAGAAGAAAGCACAAUUGGCCUCAUUUUCUCUGGGUGGGUAGAAUGACCCCUGUCUUCCCCCAUCACCCAGCACACUGCUAGCCAGUGCAGACAUCUUUUGGCUUGUCGUAACAGAAUUAGCAUUUGCUUUCCUCCAAGUGCAUUCAGUUGUCCAAUGACGUUACGUUGCAGUGACGAUCACGAAGAUGCAGUGGCUCGCCUCACAGGUUUUACAGAAAGCCUGUGCAAACUUUUGCCCUUGUAGCACUGGUGCUAUCAUGUGACUGAUUUAGUGGAAUUGGAUAUAUCUAAACUGGGGAGAAAAUUGGGUAAAAAAUGAAUAGACAACCUGCCUAAUUGACGGCACACAGACACAAUCCUCUACAAGCCAAUCAUUGUUAAUUAUAUGGAGAGACAGCCCAUGUAGGUGAUGACAGCAGGUAUGUCAUGCUACGUUCUUUAGUGUACUCGCUAAAUUGCAAUGUAAAACUGAAACCGACUAAAUCAAAAGUAUACAAUGUAACCAAAAUAUGAACCAUGGUUCGUCCUUGCUUAGGACUUUCAUGGUUUUUGUUAGUGUAACCUUGUUAGUGUACCUGUCAGGUGUACAGAUCUUCAGUGAUCAGUUUUGAUCACAGGAUCUUUGUUGGUUGCAUAUCUUUGGCUGUCGCACUAUUUUCAUAUCAACAGUAACACUAAGGGGCUUAAACAUCCUACCAACGCUUCUGUGCCUGCAAUACCCAUUGACAUGUAACCACAAUUGUGGUAUCACUGCCAUACUGAUAAUAGUUCUUCACUUGAAAUAUGUGGUCAGCAGUGGUCCUAUUAUAGUGCCUUUUCAUCAAAGGAAAGAUAAAAAAUUUGUAGGUUUUGUUAACUUUGCACCAAGUCCAAGUCUUACGCCAAUGACAUGAAUAGGCUAUGUACUCCAAUUAUGAAAUCUUUUACCCCAGUGAUAUCACAUUUUUAUUAUGAGCUACAGUAGAGAAUGGCUGUGACAUGAAGGUGCAUGUGCACACACAGUUGUAGCAAAAAAUCUUUGGCAAUGUGUAGCAGCUAACUUUGCUAGCUUUUAUGUUCCUCGGUAGCAUAAUGUGUUGUAGCAUAAAAUGUUUAUCUGCUAACUAUGCUACAAAACAUGCAAAACACUUUGUUCAGAAUGAGUUACACAAGAUCUCUCAGGUGUUUGCAAAUAUCCCCUUGCAUUCUAAUAGUAAAAAUAGACAGUUGUUUCAUUUAUUUUAUAGUCAACAAUUCCAUGUUUUUCUGUGCAUUUACUAGCACAUUUGUGAUAAUGUUACUUAUUUCAGCCUGGAACAUAUUAGGAGUAGCAGCAUAAGUUUUCAACAGUCUUUCAGAACUAUUAUCUACAUCUACAGGGCAAGAUUGCUGUAAUAUGUUAGAGUCCAGCAUAAAUUGUAUAUGCUAAGCCUAUUACAAAUUGCACAUCAUAUAUAGUGGUUCCUAGGUGUUCCUGAUAAAAAAGACCAUGAACAAAGAAGGCCUACCUAAUAAGUUCACAACUUAUUUACAGCACCUUUCAAAGUAUUGUCACCCCUGAUAAAGAUAAGCCAUAAAGGCUGUGGCUUCUUUUUUUUUUUUUUUUUUAACCAACCAUACAAUUCCACAGGGUAAAUUUAUUCAAGUGGAUUGAUUAAAACGACUGAAACUGGGAUUAACCUGCCUGGAUAAGGUCACAAGUGUAUUUUGCCCUCAGCACAGUGAAGGGGAUGGUAAAACAGUUGAAUGACUGCUGAUAAUUUGCAGCUGUCAGUUGCAUCUUACGUCUAAAGUUUACAAUUUGUCAACUUCAUGUUAACAAUUUAUAAGGUUUUCAAAAGAAGCCUCACCAACAGCAAAGUUGAGUUUAGCAAAAUCAGUCUCUAGCAGAAAAUAACCUAAUUCCCACUGUGGUGGAUCUGUGACUUGCAUCUUUUUUUCUUCCAAAGGUCCUGGAAAUCUUAUGAUACAUAGCAUAUAUUAUGACAUUUUAGAUCAAAAUGUCAGUACCUUUGCCAUGAGGCUAAGAUGGGGAUUAUCCUUGAUGUCCAAAAAAAAAAAAAAUUGUUUCCUUACCGCAGAAUCAAUCAUUCCCUUGACCUCAAACUAUUGAACAUGUGAACUGAAGAUGAAGGCCAAUAAGAGUAAUCCAAGAUCUCUUUAAAUAAGUAUUCCCACUUCAUUCAGUAUUAUCAAACUAGGUGCUAAUAUUUUGCCAAAAGUGUACUAAGGCAUGCGUGGGUACCGAUAUUUGUUACAUAUAUUUUGAGUAAAAUAUUCUCAAGUUCUUAAAUAAGCCAGUAAUUCUGGAAAGCUCACAUGAUCAAAUGAAGGAAAUAAGAGAUAUUGAGAAUACUCUUUAAGAUCUAGUUUAAGAAUAGCUAUUCUUUAAAGUGCAUGAGCCACUGGGAUGGGCUCCAGCUUAGAAAAUGUGUGUGAAACAGUAUGAAGAAAACAAGCUGUACAAACAGUAAAGGAUAAGGGAAGGAAAUGAGACUCUGCUCUCCCAAAAAGAAACUCUCCAGCAGUAAAGUUCAGGUUCUACAAGUUUUACAAAUUCAGGUGCUUCGCAUGCUGAUUAACAUUCUUUACCUUCGACCUUGGAAAAAAAACAGAACGAUUAAAAAAUUGCUGCGGAAGAUUCUGAUCAAUGUAGUUGUAGUCUAAACCUUUUUACAAUAAGCGUUACACACCAUAAUCAGUGUUUUCAUUGCAUUUGUUUUGUGUUUGUGUUAAUUUUGAUCUAUACACAGCAGCAAAGAGCUUGUGGUCUGUAUAGUAUUUAUGUAUGAAUAUAACUGUUGUCACUAUAACGAGGUGUUCUGAAGAUAAUUUAUUUAGAAUGUAUUAUGUUUGUUGGAAAUUAACUGACAGCAAAAGGUGGAUUCACAAAUGCAACUGAUCAGUGACUGAAUUUUUUCUUUAUUUACUUUAGGUAGAAAUUUUAUAUGACUGUUAGUUACCAGUAUGUCACCAAUGUAAAUAUAGUUUAAUGGCUAAUUGUGGUUACAGCAAAUGACUACAAGUAAUGAGUUAAUAAUCUUUAGACUAGAAUAUCCUGCUGAACAGAAACAAGAUACUGUAUGUUAUUUUUGUGGUUGCUAGAUUUAUGGCAGUACUGUACUACUUUUUUUGGAGGGGGUGAGGCUAUGAACAUGAAAAAGAGAGAAAUUCACAGCGAAUGAAAUAUAAUUACACAUAUAAUUAAAUUUAAACUAACACCUUUAUACUAUGAUCAGCAACAGAACAACAGAUACUUUAUUCACCGAUGGUCCACCAGAUGAAGUCUUGACUAAAACAGCUGAAGUUGCCUGACUCUCCACCCAUUUUAACAUCUUUCUUUCUUAAUGGCUGCCAAAUAGUCUUCUAUAAAAUAAGUACAUACAGCAUAGCUGCCUAUCACAGUGACCAUUUUGUCCUUUUGACCUUUAUUUAAUAACAGAAAUAUAGAGACUGUAAAUGUGUUUCCAUGAUGUGUUCUAUUGAGUCUAAUAACAUGCAAUAAAUGUCUAUGAAUGUUGCAAAUACUGUGAGACAAAUACUUCAUGAAGUUGUGAAGCCAGAGACCAAAUCAAACAUUUGGCACAUGAGCAUGUAAAUUAAUAAAUAAAAAUUGAAACUCACUGUGUUAUAUGCCAAGGUUUAUGAAAUUGAUCCUUUAUUGUAUCUCCAUGUGAAUGUACUAGACUCAUUGCUUAAUGACUUGGACUGUCAACUCAGUAAUAAAGCUAAAUUAUCACAUAAACAAUGUUUGAUACUGCGACCUAGAUCGGAAUAUCUAUGCCUUGGUGUUUAAAUGAAAAGGUCAUAACUACUGAUUGUAAGUAUUGUAAGAUAUUGAUUGCUGCACUAAUAUAUAUUUUUAAUAAAAUGUCUAUUUUGCUUAGCUGAUAA